AUGUCGACAAUACCCAAUCCAAAACAUCACUACCACCAAUUAUCGUACUCUUACCCAACACCUCGCGUACUUGGGUCACCUAGCUUUUGGUCCAACCAGCACCUGUCUUCGUCUUACCAGUCAACGUCCUCUUUGCCCCGAUUCAUGCCAAGCAGUUCACUUCCGAAUGGCUCUCAGGCUGGUCGUUUAGCCAUGUCUGGCAAUGACCAACCCGACCACCCCCCCUACCCCCUUCAUACCCAUUCUCAGUCGAACAUAUCUUCGCCUUACCUGUCAGCGUCUUCCGUCCCCCCAGUGCCAAACAAUUCCAUGCCAAGCGGUUCUCAGGGUGGUCGUCUAAUAAUUUCUAGUGAUGGCACAACCAACCAUCCCUCCUACACUCUCAAUACCAACACCCAGCCAAACCAGGAUUUCUUUUGGUCACCUGCUCCCAACGGAUUCGAUCCAAGCCUCAACCUUGGACCAGCUGUCCCACUUCAAUACGAUAAUGAGCGAAUCUCUACGGGACCUUCCCGCGUAUCCAAGAACGCAGAACUAUCCCCAGGCUCCUCCGCCACAAAUGCCUACCUACCCAUCGCAAAGCUCUACCUAUACGGCAACGAGUCCUACGUAUUCGGGGCAAAGUCCCACAUUUUCGGGGCCAAGCACUACGUACUCAGGACAAAGCCCCAACUAUUCUCAUCCCCAGCCGCAGACACCAAUCAACCAAACGUCGGCUGGUUCCAACGAGCAGCUCUCACCAUCCUACACCUCUUCUACCCCUACAACCCCCGCAAGUUCCAGUUCUUUUGCGUCGACAAGCGCCCUGAAUAUUCAACCUUCCUUGCAACCUUCCUAGACUUCCCGAUGCGCGCUUAUGGCCCAUUUGUCCCCCAACCAAUGUACAAGCCUCAUACGAACAGCGACCGAAAGCGCUACGUGGAAGAAAUUGAGCUUGAAGCUCCCAUCUACUUCUCCAUGGAUCACCCCUCUGAAUUCGGAAUCCUCUUAUCUGAUGCCCUUCAUUCCCGCGUCAAGAGACUUCAGAAUCGUGAUCAAUUAGUCUUUGAGGGUCGCGGCCCAAGUGUUUCCAUUCGGCUCGAGUGGCCUGGAUAUCGUCAAUGGAGCAGGCAGAUACCGACCAAGGACUUUCGUACCCCCCCUGGUCCUAUCACCAUUGCCAAGCUGGCUAAAAACGUGGCCAAGUGCGUUCAACGUUUUAUCGAGGAAAGAAAAAAUCAGAGCCUCGAGGAUGACAGCGAUCCACGCUGGAAAGUUGGUACUGGUGCCAACCACAUCAAAUUAGAAGAUCUCGUCCUUGUUAGCAUUCAUCACGUAUCCCUGGGUCUCGAUGACAACUGGCGGUGA